AUGCUGUCCUCUCUCGUGUUCCGCGCCGUACGCAAUGCUCUUCCGGGCGACCCAGUAGCCCAGGAACAUAUCAUUGGUGCUAGCCUCUUUGCAAUGGCAGUCGCAGAUGCUACUCAUAUUGCCGCAUCCUGGAUUGGGCUCCCUGGAUCACUACGCUACGACUUUGCCAGCUGGAAUGGCACCACGCAUGGGAACAUUACCUUCGUGAUCUUCCUCCUGUUCUCACGGUGCGUUUUCAACGUUCCCAUGGUCGCGCCGGUGAUCGUGGGCACAGAUGCGACGUUUGGCUGA